CGGCGUGGGCGUGGGCAUUCCGGGCUGAGUCAGGGCGCUUUUCCGGGCGGCGUCCUCCUCCUUCCUUCCUACCUGCCUUUUUUCUUUCUUUCUUUCUUUCUUUCUUCCCUUCCUUCCUUCCUUCCUUGUUCUUCUUCUUCUCCCGGAGGAGGAGGCGGCGGAGGCGGCGCGAUGCCCGCGGGCCUUUCGGCGGGGCGUGGGCCGGGAAGCGCCCCACUUCCCGGCCUCUCCUUCCUCCUUUCAUCCCUUCCUCUUCACGUGGAAAGAGAGAGAGAGAGAGAGAAAGAAAGAAAGAAAGAAAGAAGAAGAAGCCAGGGAAGUAAACAAGGGCGGCGGAGGAGCCUCCAAACCGGAAAGUCAGGCCCGGACGAGGCGCCGCUUGGGCAGAAAGAGAGAGAGAGAGAGAGGAAAAGGAGGGCCAAGGAGGAGCGGGGAGGGGGCAAAAGUCCCACGGGUGUCUCCCACGUGGGGAGGACCGCGCGUGGGGGGCUGCCACAGGGGGGAGAGUGAGAGAUAUCAAUCACAGGGAACCCCUUGACUGACAUUUCGCUCGCUCUUCUCCCGCAGCGUGGGUCGUUCGGGGCAAAACUCCCACUCGUGUCUAAGCGUGGGAGGGGAGGGUCUCCCGCGUGGGGAGAAGAGCGCGGCGGGGCUGCCACAGGGGGGGAGAGUGGGAGAUAUCAAUCACGCGGGGAACCUUGAUUGACAUUUCUCACUCGCGCGGAGUGGGGAAAAAGACCCACUAGUGUUUCUGCGUGGGAGGGAGGGGCUCACACGUGGGGAGAAGAGCGCGGCGGGGCUGCCACAGGGGAAAGAGUGAGAGAUAUCAAUCACGCGGGGAACCUUGAUUGACAUUUCUCACUCGCGCGGAGUGGGGAAAAGGACCCACUAGUGUUUCUGCGUGGGAGGGAGGGGCUCACACGUGGGGAGAAGAGCGCGGCGGGGCUGCCACAGGGGAAAGAGUGAGAGAUAUCGAUCACGCGGGGAACCUUGAUUGACAUUUCUCACUCGCGCGGAGUGGGGAAAAAGACCCACUAGUGUUUCUGCGUGGGAGGGAGGGGCUCACACGUGGGGAGAAGAGCGCGGCGGGGCUGCCAAGGCGGGGAGAGUGGGAGAUAUCAAUCACGCGGGGAACCUUGAUUGACAUUUGUCACUCGCGCCGAGUGGGGCAAAAGACCCACUAGGGUCCCCGCGUGGGAGGGGAAGUUUUCUCACGUGUGGAGAAGAGCGCGGGGGGGGGGGCUGUCACUGUGGCCAGUGAGAAAUGUCAAUCUCGUUAGGGCCUUUGAUGGACAUUUCCCACGCGCGUGGAUCGUUCGUGCCCUAAUCUUGGGGUGGGGGGGGGGCGUGGGGCUUCCCUUCGCUCCUCUUUCCUUCCUCCCUGCUUAUUUACUUCCUUGGGAGUUGCUUCCUCCCUUUGAUGGUGACUGGGCGCCCGGGAAUGCCUUCCUCCCUCUUUCCACGCGAGGAAGUGGCCAAGCCGGGCCAAGGCAUUUAUUUCCUCUGAGUAAACCGAGAGAGCGCUUCCUUUCAUCUUCUUCUUCCUUCUUCUCCUCCUCCUCCUCCUGCUGCUCUUCCUCCUCUCCUUCCCCUCCCUUUUCUGUCUUUCUUUCUUUCUUUCUUCCUCCCACGGAGGAAGCGCCUCUCGCGGGGCCCAAAGGACGCGGAAAUGGCUAAUUGCGAUGGGCGUCUUAUAGGGAGCCGCGCCGCCGGCCUCGCCCCACUCGCGCACCGGCAGGCAGGUGGACAGGCGGCAGGUGGACUGACUGACAGGUGGUAAGGAAGGAAGGAAGGAAGGAAGGAAAGAAAGAAAGAAAGAAAGAGGAAGAGCUGGGCUUCUUUCUGGCGCUGCUUCCACGAGGAACAUGCAAUAGAAGCCCCCGCCCCACCUCAUAAAGACACUCUGCCCCACUGAAGAGAGGACGAAGACCCCAGCACCAUGGCAGAGCUGACCCCGACCUACAUGAACUGGCACGGGUCGUCCAAUGGGCAAGCGCACCGGACGUCGCGCUUCUCGGCCUCGGAGCCGGUCUUCCGCCGUGGGCAGGCCUUCCACAUCACCGUCUACAUGAGCCAGGCCACACAGGGCGGAGAGGCCUUCUCCUUCGUCGCCGAGACCGGCCAGUCCCCGUCGGAGUCUCAGGGGACGCGCGCCUCGUUCUCGGCCUCGGGCGUGGGGGGCUCGUGGGGGGCGUCGCUGGAGGGCCGGGAGGGCAACCAGCUGACCUUCUCGCUGACCAGCCCGGCCUCGGCCCCCAUCGGGCGGUGGAAGCUCAGCCUCCGCGUCGGGCAGGGCGACGCCCGACUCCUCGGACAGUUCGUCCUGCUCUUCAACCCCUGGUGCUCAGCGGACCUGGUCUACCUGAGCGACGAGGACGAACGCCAAGAAUACGUCCUCAAUGAGAACGGCAUCAUCUUCGUGGGCAACGCCAAGUACAUCGAGGCCCGAGGCUGGUUCUACGGGCAGUUCCAGAAGAGCAUCCUGGACCUGUGCCUGCUGCUCAUGGACCUGAGCCUCUACCACCGCAAGGACCCCGGCGGAGACUCCUCCCGGCGCGGAGACCCCCGAUACGUGGCCCGCGUGGUCAGCUCCAUGGUCAACGGCAACGACAAUGACAACGGGGUGCUGGAGGGCAAGUGGAGCGAGGAGUUCGCCCACCACGAGAACCCCUCUCGAUGGGACGGGAGCGUGGCCAUCCUCUGGAAGUGGGCCAAGGACCGGUACCGCCCCGUCCAGUACGGACAGUGCUGGGUCUUCGCCGGGGUCGCCGCCACAGCGCUGCGCUGCCUGGGCAUCCCCACGCGCCUCGUGACCAACUUCAACUCCGCCCACGACUCGGACCACAACCUGGCCAUCGAUAAGUACUACGACCCCUCCGGGAAGAGCCUCAAGAUCGGGCAGGACUCCGUCUGGGACUACCACGUGUGGAACGAGGGAUGGUUCGUUCGUGGAGACCUGGGGGGCUCCUACAGCGGGUGGCAGGUUAUCGAUGCCACGCCGCAGGAGCGGAGCCAAGGUCUGUACCAGUGUGGUCCGGCGUCGGUGAUGGCGGUGAAGCAGGGCCAGGUACGACUCAACUACGACACGGCCUUCGUCUACAGCGAGGUCAACGCAGACAUCAACUGCUGGGUGGUCUACCCCAAUGGGACCCGGAAGCGUGGCCACUCCGACACCACCUCCAUCGGUGUCAACAUGAGCACCAAGGCCGUGGGAAGCAGUGCCCGCGUCGAUGUCACUGGCAACUACAAGUUCCCUGAAGGUUCCUCCGAGGAGCGUGCCGUGAACCGCCGGGCCUUGGCCGAGCUCUCGGGAUCCCACGCGGCAGAGGAAGAGGUGGCGGAAGAGGCGAGUUCGAGGGCAGGGGCGACUGCGGAGGAGGGGGUCCCCGACACAUCACCCCCCUCCCCGGCCUCCCCAUCCUCGGACCUGAUCUCGCAGCCGGGGCUCUUUGGGCGCUUCCGCCUGGCACGGCCCCCGGUGCUGGGGGGAGACGUGGCGCUGGUGCUGAGCCUGGCCAACCUGCGCGAGGAGCCCACCGACGUCACCGUCAACCUCUCCGUGGCCACCGCCCUCUACACACGCAGGACCGUCCGGGAGGUCCUCAAGGAGGCCACCACCUUCCGCCUCCAGGGCAAGGAAGAGAGGCAGCUCCCUUUGCGCAUCACUUACGGGCAUUACGGGGCCGCGCUGACCGAUGACCGGAAGCUGCUGGUGACGGCACUGUGCGAUGUUCCCGGUGGGGUCAAGCUUCUGGUGGAGAAGGCCAUCACGCUGGAGGGACCCGACAUCCGAAUCAAGGUGCCCCACCGUGUCGUGGCCUCGGUGCCGACCACCGUGGAGAUCGGCUACGGCAACCCGCUCCCGGUGUCCGUGGACCAGUGCGUCCUCCUGGUCACGCUUAUGGGACACGCCGUCAAGAUCAACGUGGCAGCCUUGUCUCCGGGGGAGCAGUCCAGCAUCUUCUUCGAGUUCACGCCACGCUCCUCGGGGGCCAUGCAGCUGCACGUGGACUUCUCCUGCGACCGCUUCCAGCACGUCAAGGCCUUCACCCUCAUGGACGUGGCCGAGGCCUGAGCCACCACCACAUCCGCCAUCAUUAAAGCUAUUUUCCUCAGC